AAUCCUGCUCAGCAUCACAGCGGCCAUCUUGGUCGACACCCACUUGAUUGCAGUGCGCACAGCCAAUCCAGCUUAUUCAGAACGGGGCUGAGGAGGAGGAGGAGGAGAGAGAGAGAGAGAGAACGAUUGGGAUUGUAGCUUGGCCAAUCAUCCUCGCGCAACAUCUCAACCCUCUGGUCUUGCUGCGCCGGACUGAAGGACAGGGCAGCCUUUAUUCAUACAGUGGAUUUUCUCCUCAUUCAUUUCCUUUGGGGGGAGUUGAGGGGAGUGACGAGAAGAAUUCCACCGUUUCGCAGUUCUCUUGGUGACUGCUUGCCUUUCUUUGCCCUGCCCUAUUUUGUCCCAUUGUUUUCCUUUUCUCUUUUCUUCCCCCUUUCUUUCCAUUGUGCUUGCGAGGACCACUGGCAGGAGCUUAAGUGGAAUUUUAUUCCCCUCCCCCCUUGAUCGGCAUCCUGCCCUGCGCUUGGUGAGGGCCGCCAUCGCUGGCAGUGUUGUUGUUGUCGUCUCUCUGCUUGCAGCUGAGUCACCAUGUCUGAUCUGACGCCCCAGAGCGAGGCCCCCACCCCCACCACGGACAAGAUCACACAGGCAGCCCGGGAGACCAUCUAUCUCUGCAAUUUUCGCGUGUCUGUGGAUGGCGAGUGGCUGUGCCUGCGCGAACUGAACGACAUCUCACUCACGCCUGACCCUGAGCCAGCCCAUGAAGAUUCAUGGGAGGAUUUCACAGAAUUGGUGGAACAAAUGCAAAUGCUUGAUGAGUUUAAAGAUCCUAAGGACCCCAUCGCCAUCGAGAGGCUUAACCUGAUGAACAUGGCCAAGCUGAGCAUUAAGGGUCUGAUUGAGUCUGCACUAAACCUGGGCCGAACUCUGGACUCAGACUAUGCUCCAUUGCAGCAGUUUUUCGUAGUGAUGGAGCACUGCCUGAAGCAUGGUCUCAAAACUAAGAAGACAUUUCUUGGUCAGAACAAGUCCUUUUGGGGCCCCCUGGAGCUAGUGGAGAAGUUGACUCCGGAAGCUGGCGAGAUCACAGCCAGCGUGAAAGACCUUCCAGGACUCAAAACUCCUUUGGGAAGAGGCAGAGCAUGGCUGCGAUUGGCCUUAAUGCAGAAGAAGCUCUCGGACUACAUGAAAACCAUCAUCAACAGAAAGGACCUUUUAAGUGAGUUCUAUGAGCCCAAUGCUUUGAUGAUGGAAGAAGAAGGAGCAGUAAUUGCAGGACUGUUGGUGGGGCUGAAUGUCAUUGAUGCAAACUUGUGUAUGAAAGGAGAAGACCUGGACUCUCAGGUUGGGGUGAUAGAUUUUUCUAUGUAUCUCAAAGAUGGAGGUCAUAGCAGCAAAAGCACAGAGGGUGAUGGACAAAUCACUGCUAUCCUUGACCAGAAAAAUUACGUUGAGGAACUAAACCGACAUUUAAGUGCUUCUGUUAAUAACCUACAAGCCAAAGUGGAUGCACUCGAGAAAUCGAACACAAAACUAACAGAGGAGCUUGCAGUUGCGAACAACAGAAUCAUCACUUUACAAGAAGAGGUGGAGAGGGUGAAAGAAGAGAGCUCUUACCUUGUGGAGUCCAGUCGCAAGGCAUCGAGACCAGAAGGAACUGCAGACGGCCAAGUACUUGGGGAGACUCGGAAACAGCUCAAAGAGGAGACCCAGCUCAGACUGGAUGUGGAGAAAGAGCUGGAAGUGCAGAUAGGGAUGAGACAGGAGAUGGAGCUGUCCAUGAAGAUGCUGGAGAAGGACAUCUGUGAGAAACAUGACGCGCUGGUGGAGCUCAGACAGCAGCUAGAUGAUCUGCGCAGACUUAACCAUGAGCUCUCCCACAAGUCUCAGAGCUCAGAGGCCAGUGUGAAACAGAAGAAUGAAAUAAUCAUUCGCUUGGAAGACAAAACAAAUCAGAUGGCAGCCACUAUCAAACAACUGGAGAACAGAUCUAAGCAGGCGGAGAAGCAGAGGGACCUGGCUGAGGAGGCUAACAGGCUCUUCAAGCAGGAGUUUGGGGACAAGAUUGAGAGUCUGCAGCAACAGGUGGAGCAGUUACAAAAGCAGAGGACCAGUUUGGAGCAGGAGCUGAGGAAGGAGAAGGAGCGGCGAGGAAGCCAGCAUUCUGACGCUAUGCUGGGUAGAACACCCCCACAGAGAGACGUGAGGCAGCAAGUUGAGGAGAUCAGAAAGGAACUGGAAGCAGUCAAAAAAGAAAAUGACACACUCCGAAAUGUGCUGGAAGAGAAAACAAGUCUGAGCUCAAGUUUGUCACUUUCACAUGAUGAAGAGCAAGAUCGGUCUCAUGAGCCAGAGCCUUCCAUCUGCCAAAUGUGUGAAUGUCCAGAAUCUCUAACCAGGAAUAAGCGCGAGUGCAAGAACUGCAGAGGAGUGUUCUGUGAAAGCUGUAUUGCCAACGAGCUCCCCCUGCCCUCUUCCAUCAACCCAGAACAUGUGUGCAACACAUGCUACUCCACCUUACUGCAGCAGUAUGCCUCAGCCCCCUCAACUCCUUCCUGAGUCACCUGGACAAUUGAUAUCAGUAAAGGUUAUUAAUAACUGGAAGACCCCAGAGUUCAAUAUCAUAUUUUGAACCUUUAUCCAGCAACUGCUACACAAGUGGCUUUUUUGUGAUGCUUGCUGAAAAGGGAUAGUUUUAAGGGCUUUAUGUGACUUAACUGAGUCUUCUACCUUCCUUAAAUUCAGUAUCAGUUAGGAGAUGAGUGAUGUUGUCCACUGAGUGGACUUGUACUACUUGAAUUGUGUAUUUUUUCUUUUUCUGAUUCAUAUGGUUUUCAUUAAGAGAUGACUACAACCAUUUCCACCAAGACAGUUACUUUCUGGCUGCUGUCCAGGAUGAAAGAUAAUAUUUAAUACUUCCGCUGAUUUUUAAACUGUAUUUUAAACAGAUUGUGCAAUUUGAAAACCUUGCAAUUAUGCCAUUGAGCUGGCACCAUGCACUAGGGUUUUAACAGUGUGGAGCUGCCUUACUCACUUACUUGGUGAACAUAAUCAUACCUGACAUUUUAUUGAGCCAAAGCAUUAGAGUUUACAUGCCAUUUUUUCAGUGCAUCACAUCUGUUGGUUUCUUUUUAUUAUAACUUUUUAAAGUAAAAACUUUUUUUGCUGAAUCAUCUCUCCAGGUUUUAUCAAACGGUGGGAGCUAAGACAACAAUUAUAAUGAUUUAUCAUGAUGGAAGAAUGGAAUUUGGUUUGCGAAACUUUAAUGUACUUUACUUACUUGGGUAUUAGAGCUCCUCAAUAAAGAUUCACUUUAAAUGGAUCAGCUAAUUUAUAGAAACUUCUUGCAGUAUGAACAGUUUCCAAUGUGAAUGUAAUACCCACAGUACAAAGUAUCAAACAGGUAUGUGUUUCAUUCGUUACAAGCUUCCAUCACUGAUCAAUUGAGUAAUCCAUUCCAAAUAAUCCAACUAAUGACUAGUGUGUCUUCUGGAAAUGCUUGUUUCAUAUUGCUUUUAUUCUAAUGGAAGUCAUAAGCAGUUGUGAACAUGUCUUUAAAAAAAAUAGGACAACAUACAAAAUAAAAGGAAUGUGCUCCA